UUCUAGUUCAUAUUCUAAACUGCCUGGUUUGAGUUCUACAUAUUUUUUAGCUGUUUAGUUCUAUGUUUUAGUUUAUUUCGCUUAAUAGCAAAUCACCAUGUCGGUGGCGUUUGCACCUCAUAGACAACGUGGAAAGGGUGAUAUAACACCCACUGGAAUUCAAAAGUUACUGGAUGAAAACAAUCAGCUGAUUCAAUGUAUAAUGGACUUCCAGAGCAAAGGAAAGACGGCAGAAUGUUCACAGUACCAGCAGAUGCUCCACAGAAAUUUAGUUUACCUGGCCACAAUAGCAGACUCCAAUCAGAACAUGCAGUCUCUGCUCCCUGCUCCUCCUACUCAGAACAUGCCCAUGGGCCCUGGUGGGAUGAACCAGAGCGGAGCGCCGGGCCCCCAGCCCCCCCACGGACACAACAUGCCCUCUGAGGGCAUGGUCAGUGGCGGACCCCCAGCCCCACACAUGCAGAGCCAGAUGAACGGACAGAUGCCUGGGCCUAAUCACAUGCCCAUGCAGGGCCCUGGGCCGGGUCCCAACCAGCCCCCCAACAUGCCUGGCAGCGGCUCCAUGAACAUGCCCCCCAGCAGCCAUGGCUCUAUGGGCGGCUACAACCACGCUGUGCCCUCCUCUCAGAGCAUGCCUGCCCAGGGCCAGAUGAACAUGACCCAAGGACCCAUGGGUAACUACGGCCCCCGGCCCAACAUGAACAUGCAGCCUAACCAAGGCCCCAUGAUGCACCAGCAGCCUCCCUCCCAGCAGUACAACAUACCCCCUGGAGGUGGCGGGCAGCACUACCAGGGCCAGCAGAACCCCAUGGGCAUGAUGGGCCAGGGGAACCAUGUGAUGGGGCAGAGGCCCAUGCCCCCUUACAGACCCCCACAGCAAGGACCCCCUCAGCAGUACCCAGGGCAGGAAGACUACUAUGGGGACCAGUACAGUCACGCAGGACAGGGAGCCUCAGAAGGUAAUGCCCAGUAUGGCCAGCAGCAGGAGGCCUACCAGCAAGGUCCUCCCCAGCAGCAGGGCUACCCCCCACAGCAGCAGUACCCCGGACAGCAGGGAUACCCUGGACCGCAACAGGGCUACGGUCCGUCCCAGGGAGCCCCAGGCCAGUACCCCCAGGGUUACCCCCAGGGUCAGGGGCAGCAGUACGGGGCCUACCGGGGCCCCCAGCCCGGCCCCCCUCAGGCCCAGCAGCAACGCCCAUACCCAGGCUACGAUCAGGGACACAUGAGGAAAUAAAGACCCAGGGAUUUGAACCCCUGACUAGUUCUGUAAGAAGCAAAGGGUCAAUAUGGAAAUUACCAGCAAUGAGAGAUGGUCAUGGCAGUCACUCAGUCAGUCACCAAGAGCCCUGCUCUGACCUCUAACCUCUGACCUCUGUACAACUGUUAUCUGGACUUUUAUAACGGCUGCAGCUCACAGAGACGCCCACACACACACACACACACACACACACACACACACACACUUUGCCCUCUGUAUCCCCUAUGUCUGGGCCUUAUGUAAUGAGAUGAUUGUGUUCACUUCCAUUUCUCCCGUUCUGGUCUGAGUUAAGUCUCAAAGCAGCAAUGCCUUAAAACCAAACAGAGCUGCCUUAUCCAGAGCACUGCAGAUUGCGAAAAGGGCAAGAAAUUACACGUAAAAUUCAUUUUGUCUAUAUCACAGAGGACAGAAGUAUACAGAACUGAACUUCACACUCUUGUAUGGCAAUGUUUCUCCAUCUAAUAGCCCCCUUUUCAUAAGAAGCAAUAAUGCCAAUGGGAAGUGGAGGGGUGGGACGAGGAUGGUGUGAGGAGAUUUUACACCAGAAACAAAAUUCUGUAAGGCUAUGUUAUAUGUCAAGGUCAACAUAUGUGAUGAUGAUGUAAACAUGUAUUUUAUGAUUUUUAGAUGGAGCUAAUUUUGUAUAAGAAUUUGGAGUACUGUUGAAUAUUGUUUCUUUUUUCCUCCUGAAGUGUUAUGUCUCUUGAUGUAAAUUGUGAUUAACAUUGUUUUCAUCUGCUA